UGAUUUUUUUCGAAAAAUCUAAAACAGAAACUAUUUGCCUCUUUUUCACCAAAGCUGAACAAUAUAGGUAUAGUUAUGAAUAUUAAUACAGCGGAAUGUAUGCAACAAGCAAUGAGACUAGUGUCAACUGCUUUACAGUUCGAUUCAGAGAGGAAAUUGAAGGAUGCUUAUGUUCAGUACCUCCAGUCAGUAUCUUACAUUGUGCAGUUGUUACUAUAUCAGAGCUCCAGUCAAGACUUUCAAACAAUCAUGAACCCAGAAUCCAAGAGAUUUAUCAAACUUGGACAAGAAUGCUUAGAUAGAAUAGCUGGAAUGUUUGAUAAAGAAGGGAACAUGUCAUCUGAAAAUAUCAUGGUGCCCAAGCAUGUUGAUGUUAUCGUAGAGAAUAAGCCAGGCGAUGAUACAAGCCUUAAGACAAUUGGUUCUUCAUUAGCUGAUCCUAAGGAUUCCACAAAAACAAGUUUAACACCUCAUCCUGGAUUGAAAGACAUCCUUACCCCUAUUACAAUGCCAACCCCAAGUAUUGACAUUCCAUUGAUUAAGCCAGUCAUAGAAACAGAACCAUCACAAUUUGAAAUGCCUAGCACUCCUACAGGAUUGGGCUUAAAACCGCCCAUAGGUGCCAGUCCUAUGGAGAUAGCGACACAGCAGAACCAGCUACUCAUGAAAGCAUACCAGGCCAGAAUGUCAAAGUUAAAUGCCAGAGACAAGAAAUCUUCAACUCUGGCUCUGACUAUUCAGCGCAAAAUGUCAGAAAAUAUCGCUAUAGCACAAAGUCGCCAACAGGCCUUGGACAAGAAACUUCAAGAACGGCAAAAAAGAAUAGAAGAACAAACUGCAAGGAGGUUUGCGUCAACAAUGGGGAUGUCGGCAGAGGAGCAAGAAAGACGUCAACUUUAUGCAAAGAUCCUUGAAUAUGAACAGGACACAAAAUGGCCGCUGACAUGGCGUGAACGCUUAAUCCGUAAACCAGAUGAUGAUAGACUCAUUAAUGCCAUGAUUGAGCAAAUAUUUAGUUCUUCUGACCAUCCACUUACUAAGCUGCUCAAUAAAUAUCAAUACGCCAUCUAUGAUAAAAUUCACCCACUAGUUGAAAAGUAUGUUGAUAAACUUGCAGCUGUUAAAGUCCCAUACAGAGAAACAAUUGAAACCAAGAAAAGUGACAAGAAAUCAAACAUAUCAAUGGCAAGCCAGGAUGAUAAUUGCACGGGUGAUGAAGCAUUGAGUGAUUUAGAAAAACUUGCGUCUGAAUCUGUCUUAGAAAGUCUUGAAGAUGCUAUUGGAGCAUCAAAGUCACAGUUAGAAAGUGCAAUCAAACGGGGAAGCAAGCUAGAAAGAAAACUGACAAUAGAGAAUGAGGACAUUGAGAGACGCAUACAUGGAGAUGCUCCUGCGUUAACAUCUUCCAAGUCUGAUGUAGAGUUUGACAUGCAUGAAUUGGAUGAUAUAUUUGAUGACAGUAUCGAUGACAUUGAGACACCAACAACUACACAUGAAGUUCCAAUUGAAAAUAACCCAAGAAUUGACAAUGAUACCAAGGGGUCUGAAAUAGAUGCUGAACAACUACAAGUGUUACACAAACAGUCACUAGAAAGGCACCUUGUUAACAUCACAAAUGAUGUGCACACUUACCUUGAUAAGCUCUCCACCAUGUUCAUCAUUGCCUAUGAGAGUCUGGACACAGCUGAGGGAAGGGACCAGUGUUAUGCUUCUAUAGAGGGACCAUUCUUCAAGCCUUUGUGGGGAUACCUCCUUGCAUUGUACAGGGUUGUGAAUCAUGAAAAGGAAAUCGCAGUUGCAAAAUCCAUGACAAGACACAUGCCAGCUAAUCCUGAAGAUGUUAAAGUUAAGCCAUUUGUAUGUCUGAGAAACACAACAUUCAGGGAGAUGGUUCCUUAUGAACAGGCAGUGCUGGAGCUCCAGAAUAUUGGUGACUAUUGGUGCCCUUUGGAUAAGCUGGAAUGUAUUGUCCGUGUUUCAAGAAAAACUCUUGAGUGCAUAGAUGAGUUCUACACUAAAAUAGGAAAGCCUGAUGAAUCUCCAGUGAACAUAAUUGGGGCAGAUGACUUGCUGCCUGUACUGAGUUAUAUCACCAUAAAGAGUGGCCUUCCCCAGCUAGUGUCAGAGUGCCAAGCCAUGGAGACGUUCAUACAUGAGGGGUACCUUAUGGGAGAGGAAGGAUACUGUUUAACAACAGUUCAAACUGCACUGGAAUAUGUGGCCAUUCUUGACUGAGAACAAUAGAAUUAAAUUCACUUAACUGUAACCAAGUUGCCAAAGUAAUAGGGUAUUAGAUACUAGAACAAAUCUUCAUCACAGUUUAAGUCUUUAGACUAAGCCACAAUGGCUCAUAAGUCCCAGUGAUGUGCAUGAAUUCAGGACUGCUUCUGUUGAACUA